GGCCCGGCGGGCGGAGCGGCGCGGAUAUGGCCGCGCGCGGCCGGCGCGCCUGGCUCAGCGUGCUGCUUGGGCUCGUGCUGGGCUUCGUGCUGGCGUCGCGGCUCGUCCUGCCCCGCGCCUCCGAGCUGAAACGAGCGGGUCCGCGGCGCCGAGCCAGCCCCGAGGGCUGCCGGCCCGGGCAGGCGGCGGCGGCUUCCCAGGCCGGCGGGGCGCGGGGCGAUGCGCGCGGGGCGCAGCUCUGGCCGCACGGCACAGCCCCGGAUGGCGGCCCGCGCGACAAGAACUUUCUCUUCGUGGGAGUGAUGACCGCCCAGAAAUACCUGCAGACCCGGGCCGUGGCCGUCUACAGAACGUGGUCCAAGACCAUCCCCGGGAAAGUGGAGUUCUUCUCCAGCGAGGGCUCCGACACGUCCAUCCCCAUCCCGGUGGUGCCGCUGCGGGGCGUGGACGACUCCUACCCGCCGCAGAAGAAGUCCUUCAUGAUGCUCAAGUACAUGCACGACCACUAUCUGGACAAGUACGAAUGGUUCAUGAGGGCGGACGACGACGUGUACAUCAAGGGGGACCGGCUGGAGAAUUUCCUGAGGAGCCUGAACAGCAGCGAGCCCCUGUUUCUGGGGCAGACGGGCCUGGGCACCACGGAGGAGAUGGGCAAGCUGGCCCUGGAGCCCGGGGAGAACUUCUGCAUGGGCGGGCCCGGCGUGAUCAUGAGCCGCGAGGUGCUCCGCAGGAUGGUCCCGCACAUCGGCGAGUGCCUGCGGGAGAUGUACACCACCCACGAGGACGUCGAGGUGGGCAGGUGCGUCCGCAGGUUCGCGGGGGUGCAGUGCGUCUGGUCCUACGAGAUGCAGCAGCUGUUCUACGAGAAUUACGAACAGAACAAAAAGGGCUACAUCAGGGACCUGCACAACAGCAAGAUCCACCGCGCCAUCACACUGCACCCCAACAAAAGCCCGCCCUACCAGUACCGGCUGCACAGCUACGUGCUCAGCCGCAAGAUAGCCGAGCUGCGCCACCGCACCAUCCAGCUGCACCGCGAGAUCGUGCUGAUGAGCAAGUACAGCAACACGGAGACGCACAAGGAGGACCUGCAGCUCGGGGUGCCCCCGUCCUUCAUGAGGUUCCAGCCCCGCCAGCGCGAGGAGAUCCUGGAGUGGGAGUUCCUGACGGGCAAGCACCUGUACUCGGCCGCGGACGGCCAGCCGCCACGCCGGGGCAUGGACUCGGCGCAGCGGGAGGCCCUGGACGACAUCGUCAUGCAGGUCAUGGAGAUGAUCAACGCCAACGCCAAAACCCGGGGCCGCGUCAUCGACUUCAAGGAGAUCCAGUACGGCUACCGCCGCGUGAACCCCAUGUACGGGGCCGAGUACAUCCUGGACCUGCUGCUGCUGUACAAGAAGCACAAGGGCAAGAAGAUGACGGUGCCCGUGCGCAGGCACGCCUACCUCCAGCAGAGCUUCAGCAGGAUCCAGUUCGUGGAGCACGAGGCGCUGGACGCGGCCGAGCUGGCCCGCAGGAUCAACCAGGAGUCCGGCUCCCUGUCCUUCCUCUCCAACUCCCUGAAGAGGCUGGUGCCCUUCCAGCUGCCCGGCGCCAAGAGCGAGCGCCGGGAAGCCAAAGAGCCGAAAAUCAACAUCCUCAUCCCCCUGUCGGGGCGUUUCGACAUGUUCGCCAGGUUCAUGGGCAACUUCGAGAAGGCGUGCCUCAUCCCCAACCAGAACGUGAAGCUGGUCGUCCUGCUGUUCAACUCCGACUCGAACCCGGACAAGGCCAAGCAGGUGGAGCUCAUGCGGGACUACCGGAGCAAGUACCCGCGGGCGGACAUGCAGAUCCUGCCCGUGUCCGGCGAGUUCUCCCGGGCCCUGGCCCUCGAGGUGGGCUCCUCUCAGUUCCGCAACGAGUCCCUGCUCUUCUUCUGCGACGUCGACCUCGUCUUCACCGCCGAGUUCCUCCAGCGCUGCCGCGCCAACACCGUCCUGGGCCAGCAGAUCUACUUCCCCAUCAUCUUCAGCCAGUACGACCCAAAGAUCGUGUACGGCGGCAAAGCCCCCAGCGAGAACCACUUCGCCUUCACCCAGAAAACUGGCUUCUGGAGGAACUACGGGUUCGGCAUCACCUGUAUCUACAAGGGAGACCUGGUCCGCGUGGGCGGCUUCGACGUCUCCAUCCAGGGCUGGGGGCUGGAGGACGUGGACCUUUUCAACAAGGUGGUCCAGGCCGGCCUGAAGACGUUCAGGAGCCAAGAAGUGGGCGUCGUCCACAUCCACCAUCCCGUCUUCUGCGACCCCAACCUCGACCCCAAGCAGUACAAAAUGUGCGUGGGGUCCAAAGCCUCCACCUACGGGUCCACGCAGCAGCUGGCCGAGAUGUGGCUGGAGAAGAACGACCCGGGCUACGGCAGGAGCAGCAGCAACAACGGCUCCGCGAGGACAGGCUGACGCCCAGCUCCGCUGGACGAGACGUUUUUAAUUAAUCUAAUUUAUUUUGCAGAAAUCGUUUUUGUACGGUCCGUUUUUGGGAAGCCCUCCCCCCCCCCCCCACAAAAGCGUUAUGUUUUACACGUGACUUUCUUACCAAGGACCCCUUCUGGGGAUGAGCUUUCCGAACAACAGUAAUGUGAUCCCGUUUGCCUUCGAACACACACGUCCCUCCCUGAACCCGAUUGCAGCAGACCUGCUUGGCCGCCACUUGAAACGUUCCCGAGGGAGGCCACGUGGCGGGCGGUCGAGUGGCCUCGCCGGCCCCGCCCACUGCUGCUUCGGUCCGGGGGCGGAAAAUGGGAGUUCCUGCAAAGUAUUACCGCGGCAAAGCACCGUCUCGCUGCAACUGUUAACAAUGCACAGUCUCUACCUUUUGUCUCUCUUUACCAUUAGUUUGUUUCAGUCGUCGUGCGGUCCAGUUGUCAGAUAAGGAAACAUGGCAGUAGCGGUGCCCGCGUCGUCGGGAGAGGUCCCCGGAGGUUUGAAAAGCACGGGGAGCGAGGAGGCGCCAUCAGGUGGUGCAGCCUCCCUGGUACUCGUGUGGUCUGUGCAGGCCUGGCGCGUUCCGCUCCCAGAAGGAUUCGGCAUUUUCCUUCUUCCUGACCCUUCUCUUUCAAGGAUAAAAAAUAUGAAUCUGUUGAGUGGCAAAGAAGAAUUAAGGUAAUAAAUCUGAUGUAUGCAAACUAAAGCAAAAAAAAAACCCCACCAACCAACCCCCUUGCCCCCAUGAAAGUAUUGGGAAAAAAAUGUGUUUGCUUUUUCUUCUCUUCAUCCUGUGUUACCUUGGUGGCGCUAGCCCUUUCCAUCUUUAAUUACCGUCUGUUUUAUCCUUUGUAUCUGAAAUACCUUUAAUUUAUUUAAUAUUCAUUGUUUAGAGACCUGCCAUUUCUCCAGUACCUGUUAGUUGUUAGUAUUUAUGUGUAUCGGGAGUGCGUUUAGAGUGUUUCCUUUGCAGCAAACUGAUCUCCAAAGAUUUCCUUUUGAAAACGCUUCCCCUGUCCCGCCCCCACCUCCUUUUUUUACAUUCCUUCCUGUUUUACUAAAUAUUAAGUAAGUGUUCUUUGACAAUUUUGGUGCUCACGUGUUUUAGGAACAAAAGUAAAAUGAAUCUUUCAUUAUACCAGAAAGUUUGUUUUAAGCUCACGGAUCAAAUGUGCCUUAAUAAAAACAAAAACAAAAAAAAACUUUUUUUUUUUUUUCCAUUUAGAUUUCAAACAGUCAUAGACUUGCCAUGUUAAUAUCCAUCGUUGGAGAUCUGCUCAUUUGUAAAUAGCCUGUCGCUCAUUUGGAAAAAUAAACCAGUGAACAGUAUUUUUCAA